AUGGAUGAGCUAGCCACGCAGCCCCGUAGUCAUCCAAUUCAAAAGCACUGGCCAUAUGGGAUUACUGGAUUAUCCGGCGUCCUGGAUAAUGUGAUUGUUAAUCUUGAACAGGUAUUUCGGCAAACUCUUCUUAUGAGAAGAAAAAUAUUUUUAAAGUGCUGGAAUGUUCACAAUGAAAUCGCGAAGAGAUCAUUACCAAAAUUAAGCAAAAUAUCGGAUCUUUCACACCUGAUUUUUGAAUUUUUUAGAACUUAUCAUAAAUUAGAAACAAGGAAAGAAUCUUUAAUUUAA